AUGAAGACGGUGGAGGAUGGUGAUUGCUGGAGCAUUGAUGGGUUUGUUCGGCCAGAGAAUCUAAGCCAUGAAAUGAGUGACGAAAAGCUCUUCUGGAGAGCUUCGAUGGUUCCGGUGAAGGAGCCGUAUCCUUACGAGAGGGUUCCAAAGGUGGCUUUUAUGUUCUUAACGAGAGGGCCAUUGCCGAUGCUUCCAUUAUGGGAAACGUUCUUCAAAGAAAAUGAGAAGUACUUAUUGGUUUAUGUUCAUAAGCCUCCGUGA